CACGAGCUCUCUUUCCUCCAUGUAUAACGUAUGCAUGUAAAUGCACAAUGAUAGGACCGUUUGCAUUUUAAUGCUUCUCUUCCCAUCACUUUUAUUUUGAUAACGUACAUGCAUGUAUAAGUAAUAUAAGGAGAUGGUAUUUUGGAAUACGGGACUACUUCUCCAAAUUAAGAAAAAAAGUUUUUCUACGAGUAAGUAAUACUUCGAUCUGGGAUGAGAGCUUUUGAAUCCAUAGUUUCUUCAUAAAGUUAUAUCUAUUUAACGAGUCAACGGCAUAUUGGGCAACGGUCGAAGGUUUCAGUCAAGGUAGCUACGAGCCUGAAACGUGGUAGGAUUAUCCUGGGAGCGAGCUAGCCAGACCCGUCCGAAUAGCUAUCGGGAUACGGGGGCUAUCUUUCUUCAAGGCCAGUCCGUCUCAACGGGCGAUCCUGCGAUAAGUUUUUCUUAUCUUUUCUCUUUAUUCAAUUUUAUUAUUCUAAUUAUUAUUAUUUUUUAUUUGUUCUUGCAUUUGUUGGUUUGUCUGGUGAUUUGUGUAAACUCGGGAUUUUUAUCUGGUUAAACUCGCAUUUUAAUAUCAUUUUUCUAACAAUCUUGAAGAAAGAUAUUAUUUCUCGAGUUUUUGAAAAUCCAAAAAUGGCGAACUUGGAAAAUGCUGUUAACAAUGAAACUGUUGGUUUAGAGCAUGUUUUUGUCGCCCCUGAAAAUGAUAAUUCUGUGUCUGUCACUAAUUCACAAGGCACACCUGAAUAUAUUGCUACGGGCUCGCACAGGGUGGAUUUAACCGGGAUGCCCGAAAAAUUUUCUGGGCAUUUUUUCAAGCGUUGGCAACAACGCAUGAAAAUUUGGUUAAUCACCAAGGGCUUGCUUUCAGUGAUUAUGACGGUGUGUCCUCCGGUUGUCGAAUCUGAUCCCAAAAGUCUUGAACGUCAUGGACUUUGGCUUGAGAGGGACGAAAUUGCAAAAGGCAUGAUUCUCAUGGGUUUAUCCGACAUGUUAUUUGAUGUCUAUUGUACCCUCCAUGGGACGGCCAAAGACCUUUGGGAUGAGUUAGAUAGAAAAUAUAAUACUGAUGACCACGGUCUUGAAAAAUAUAUUGUUUCUAAAUUCCUACGAUUUGACAUGAAAGAAGGAAAAUCGGUUUUAGAACAGACACAAGAAUUUGAGCUUAUCUUACAUUCUCUUCGUGAAGCGGACAUGGAAUUGCCUGAAAAAUUUAAAGUGAUGGCGGUCAUAGAAAAAUUUCCCAAAUCAUGGGAAGAUUUUGGUAUGACUUUAAAACAUAAAAUGAAAAAGAUCACUUGGAAAUCUUUGAUGCAUUCCAUUACGGUUGAGGAGGAACAUAAGAAAGCGGGUUAUAUUGCGCCUGUUGAAUUUCAACCGAAGGCUCAUGUUAUAACUGGGGGAAAGCAAGCACAUAACUCUAAAAAUAAGCAACCAUCAUCUUUUAAACCAAUAAAGGCCAAAUUAAAAAUUGCAAAGAAACCAAAGGCAAACCGACCAUGCUGGAACUGUGGACAGAUGGGGCAUUGGGCCAAAUUAUGUCCAAAUAAAAAGGCAAAGGCUCAAUCUGGGGGACCUCAAGUCAACAUGGUGACUGGAGGGACUAGUUCUAAUGGCCUGCGGUUGGGAGAACAGUGAUGAUGGGGAACACAAGUGCUGCAAGUGUGCAAGGAAUUGGAAAAGUAGAAAUAAAAUUCCCUUCGGGAAAAAUUCUAUCUUUGCAUGGAGUGCAUCACGUUCCCGAAAUUAGAAGGAACAUCGUUAGUGGUUCCAUUCUAGUUAGGGAGGGUUAUGAGUUGUCUUUUAAAUUAAAUAAAGUUGUAAUUUUAUUUGGUGGAAUUUUUAUUGGCAAAGGUUACUUGUCUGAUGGACUUUUUAAAGUUAUGGUUGAUUAUUUAGAAUUAAAUUAUGUA